AUGAACUUGAAGGAGCACGUUCUGGAGGAGCUGGAGCUCCACGAGUACUAUGUGCGGGACGCUCUGCAGUGCCUGCUGCACACGAUACUCUUUGUUCGGGCACCUGGGUCUCUCCGCCCCAGGGAGUCACACUGCGAGAACUUCGGGCUGUCCUUCGCUAGGUGCGGGGCUCGCGACGUCGACGUAGCGGUGGACGGAGCGCUAGAGGAUUUUUGGCGUAGUCUUAGGCCAGCAGGACCCGACCUCUCCAAAGGGUGGAUCGCAGUGAGCUUCUUCAUGCGAAGAGAGAAGAAGUCGUUCGGGCUGUUUCUUAAGGAGGAGAAGGUGGUGUGGGAGCAGUGGGUGGUGCCCGUGCUGGUGAACACCUCGCCGCGUCCCACGGAAGCCGACGAUACUUCAGUCAGCUGA